AUGUCGAAGAAUCUGUUACUUCUUAACCAGAAAGCCUAUUUGAACCCAAGAUUUAUCUUACGUUCCUAUGCAGGACUUGCAUACAAUGCUAGGAAUAACGAGUCGAACAAAAAUGCAACGAUAAAGGUUAGCGAGACAAUGUUUGACGAACACGGCAAGAGUGUAAGUAAGGAAAAAGAUUUUGAAGAAAAGGUUGAAGCGACGAAUGACAAAAAACAAGGACGUCUCUCGAGUCUUAUCUCUUUCAUAACUCCUGGGAUAAAUUCUCCGUUAACAUGGACCAAACAACACCCGAUCCCAGAUCCUAUAUUUGAAGUAAUUUCUCCGGGAACUCUGGGUGCCUUACUCCUUGUUAAAAUUCCACCAAGAUCAGAGAUAUUUGCAGCCCCAGGAACAGCCAUUGCUGUAUCAAGUAAAGUUCUGGCUGAACGUACUACAGACGGUAAUGUCAUGAUUGCCCUAGGCAGAAAACUGGCUGGUGGUUCUCUAAUUUAUCACAAGUUUACUACUGGUUCACAUCCUGGUGACGUUUUAUUAGGACCUACCAGUUUAUCUGAUGCUGCUGUGAUCAGCAUGGAUGGUACCUCGAAGUACUACGUGCGAAAAGGAGCACUGCUCGCAAGAGGUCCGCGCGUAACUGUCAGUAUAAGACGUGUUCGCAAGAUGGGAGCGUUAAAUGCUUUUGCAAAUUGCAUAACCGGUAGGGGUACAUUAGUGAUAACAAGCUAUGGAGCUAUUCAUCGAUUAGUCUUGAAUCAUGGAGACUCUUAUUUGGUGAAUGCAAGACACUUAAUAGCCUGGAAUUCACAAACAAACCCAACAACUGCUUCAUCUUUGAUAAGCCCUUCCGCUAUUGAUAAGAACCGAUUAAUUAAAAGAAUUAAAGAAAAUUUAUCGAGUAUAAAUUCCACAUUCUUUGAUACAUUUCGUAACAGCCCAUCAGUGAAGCCUACUUUAGAAAGAUUAAAAAGAAUGACAGUGAGAACAAGAAAAUGGGCAUUCGGUGGACCUGAAUUCUUACAAUUAACUGGACCUGGUGAUUUCUAUUUGUCCACUCGUGUCGAGCCAGUUCUAGGGGGAUUUAAAUCUUUAACCUCACCAUCCAUAGAGGAAAUUGUUGCUGCACAACCUGAACCUUUGAAUAUUUCUUCAACUCCGCAAUCACCACCUUUUAUACCUUCAAUGUGCUAUGCCACAGUUUCAAAUGAUGGAACUGUCACCUUUACGAAAUCUUUUAGAGGAUCGGCAGGUACCAAUUCAUAG